CGCCGUCUGCUAGGCUUGCUCUUGAACGAGCUGUGUGGAAAUUAAUCUGGCGGAAGGGGAAACUUGGGAAGUGAGGAAGGGGGAAACCGAUACCUCUGUGCAUGACUGGAAAAUCUAACCAAGGCUCGAUUUACGUGUCCUUGGCACGGAUAUCACGGAUGUCUUAACUUUUGUCUGUGCGUUGGGAUCUAAAGGCGAAACGACGAGGAAGUGCACGGGGAAGAGAGGAGGCCUUUAAAUCCCUCGCAGCCUGACGCUAUCCAAUCACAGGGGUUUGGGACUGGGAAUUUUUUUGGGGAAAGAAAAUUCAAGCAAAGGGAUCAUAAUAAUCGAGUACAAAGUACUAUACAAGCCACUGAUUUCGAAGGAACUUCCUGGACCGACAUCGUAUCAGCACCUGAGCCUCAGCUCAGCUCAUCUCUGGAGUCGCCAACACGUGGUGCGAAAAUAGUCUCGGGCUCCUGCAAAAGUUAAUCAAUCGAAAUACAUCACCAGGAGCAGUUGAUUUGCUGGAUACUUCGGUCUAGAGACAUCCCGGAAAUAAAAAGGUGCGUCGCAGAGCCGAGACACGAGGUCUGAGUAACGACGACUGCGGACUCGUCUGUCCGCUGAAAUAAUCGCAGAGAAGCGCGAGCCGCCUGUUCCGCCAUUGUGGUCCGCGCCAUUUGUUUCGGGUGCUGUACGCCACGCUCAGGCGCUGCACGCAGUAUGGCGGCCGACAAUAAUGAGGAUAACUGGGCGACAGGUGACUCUGACGAGGGCCGGGAGGGCGGGACGGAGAGCGGCAGGGCGGACGCGGGGGCUGUGACACAAACGGGGGGUGAGGAGGAAGCGGAGGCGGCGGAGGAGCAGCAGGGAUACGCGGAAGAAGGCGACGAAUAUGCAGAGGAAGCGGGGGAGGAAGAGGACAUGUACCAGGAAGGGGCUGAUGGAGAGGAGGAGGGGGAUGUGGAAGUGUGGGUAGCUGGGCAAGACGAAGAGGAGGCGCAAGGAGAAAUGGAGGGUGAGGAAGGAGCGGAGGGGUAUGGGGGAGAGGUGGAGGGGGAGGGGGAGUGGGAGGAUGUGAGGGAGGGCGGGGAGGGGGACGAGGAAGAUGUGGAGGUGUGGGUGGCUGGGGCGGAGGAGGCAGAGGAGGCAGAGAUCGGAGGAGGAGGAGAGGGGCAGGUGGGAGGCGAGAUGGGAGGGGAGGACGGAGGGAUGGAGGCAGAAGGGGAGUGGGAGGAAGUGGCGGAGGAGGAGGCGGAGUAUCCUAGAUGGGCGAGUGAUGCGCUGCUGUCGUUUCUGGAGGAGCAAGGGGAGAGUGUGGUUGAGCCUCUGUACUGGUCUGCAGUGAAGAAGAUAGUGGCGGGGUACAUCCAGGCCAACGACCUCCAGAGGGGCAAGUGGAUCACAUGUGAUGAUGCGUUACAAGCUCUCUGCGAUACUGAUAGUACCACGCAGGCCCAGUUCUACUACACCCUUGCCACGCACUACCCCGUUAAGAGCUCUGUUAAAGUGCCCCGGAGGCUGCUAAAGCGGCAGGCAGAGGAGGAGGCAGCUAAGAUGCGAGGGGGAGACAAGGAGAAGGGAAGGGGACACGUGGCGGAGGAGGAGGGGAAGAGGGAGGAGAGGAGGAAGGAGGAGGAGGAUGGAUGGGACAAGGAUUGGAGUUCAAGGGAGGGAGUGACGCAAGAGCAGGAGAUGGCAGAAGAAGAUGCUGAUGGGCAAAUGAAGAAUGCUAAAAGGCAGCAGCGUCGGCAGCAGCAGGACGAGGAGGCAUACAUUCAAGAGUUUGACGCAAGGCCUAACCCAGAGCCGAGCCCGGGACGCAAGAGGAAGCGCGGCCGCCCUCCCAAGGCCUCCCGGGAGGAACCUCCCACCACAGCCCGAGCCCUUGAUACCGCUCCCACUGCUGCAGCACCUCACUACACCGAUCCGUUCGCCUCUGACCCUUUCUCCUCUCAUCCAGACGCCCCGGAAUGCGGUUACGCGGCGGUAACCCUGGCGAAUCUGGGCGUGAUUUUCCUCAAGAGGAGUCAGCUGGAGGGGCUGCUGGCGGACGAGCAGUUCGACCAGAAGGUGGUGGGCACGUUCGUGCGGAUCAAGGUGCCCAGCCCCGCCAACCAGACAGAGGCCUGCUACCGACUCGUGAGGGUCACAGGCUGCACGAGCCAGACCGACAUGUACCCCGUGGGCAAGGGGCUAACCAACCGCGUGCUGCUCAUCAUGAACCUCAAGACGCCUGAGGCCACCACCAUCGACCUCGUCUCCAACUCCGAGUUCACCGAGGACGAGUGUGCGAAGCUGCGGCAGUACAUGAAGUGGGGGCUCGUGGAUCGACUCACCGUGGACGAGGUGGUUGCCAAGGAGAACGAGCUGCACGAGCUCAAAGUCAACGAUUGGUUGGAGUCGGAGCGAGUGAAGCUCACCAAUCUCAGGGACAGGGCGAGCGAGCGAGGAUCCAAGAAAGAGCAAUGGGAGCGCGUGCAAGCAUUGAAGGAGCUGGAUAAGCCGGCCUUCCGAGCCAAGAAGAUGGGCCGAGUACCCGACCAUCGAGGCGGACCCCGACUUGAUGCACCUAUCGACUGGUGACUCGGAUGACGAAGGGAAGAAGAAGAGCUCAGCUGGAGCAGCAGCAGCUGUGGCACUACCGCGACCCCCAGGGGGACCUGCAGGGGCCCUUCUCCCUGGCCCGCCUGCGCGGAUGGCUGCCCCUUAACGUGUUCCCCGCUGAUCUGCACAGGGUUUUGUCGGAAUGGGUCUAGUUGCCGCUUCAAGCAUUAGAGCGAGACAUCAUGAUUUUUUAAAGAGAAUUCUUAGCGUAAUCAUAGGUUUAGGAUAACAGUGUGACAUAAGGUCAUCUUGGCGCUGGUUGAUUGAAAGUGACUAGUUUGGGAGUGUUAGAUCUCUCAACAGAUGUUCUUAUUGACUGAUGCGUGACGAUGGCAGCCGUAGGCUGACGUAGGUUGAUCGUGCUCAUCUGAAUCGGCUGCAUUGCACUCCGAAUGCAGCGUACGAAUCGUGGCGGGCUGCAUGAUUCCCAGUACGACUCAAAAGCUUGCUGUAGGCCGACCGUUCGGCCUGAGUUUAAGUUUAUCGUAACGUUCUGUAUCGUCUGCAUUCGGGGGGACGGUAGUCAUACCGAGGACUUAGACCUUUGAUAAAGUAGUCUUUAGAAUAGUAGUGUGUUUCCGGGCGGCUCUUUUACCCCACAGUAAUUGAUACACGUUCCUCGUUCCUGUAAGGGGACGGUGGUCAUGCCGACGCCGUAGUAGACAUUUGACCAAGUAAAGUUCAGAGUACAGUUUCCGAUCGACCAUUUUACCUCACAGUACUUGGUGCAAGAUCCUGUGAGGGGGACCGGUGGUCAUGCCGACGCCGACGUAGACGUUGAUCCAAAGCAACGUUUAAAGUGCAGUUUCCGAACGGCCCUUUUACCUCACAGUGUUUG